AUGACUACUAAGAAGAUACCAGUCCUCUCCCAGCUAGAUACCAGGAUCACUGGUCUUUCGUCUGAGUUGGCUUCGAAUACCACACAGAGCACUUGCAGUUCCAGUGGGAUGAAGCCAUGCCCCAUGUAUAUUGCCAUCAAUGAGUAUACGAAGAGAAUGGAGGAUGAACUGGAUAUGAAACCAGGAGAUAAGAUUCAAGUCAUCACCACUGAUGAGGAGUAUAAUGAUGGCUGGUUUUACGGGCGCAAUUUGAGGACCAAAGAAGAGGGUUUGUAUCCGAUGGUCUUCACGCAAGAGAUCAGUAUCGAACAGAGGCCUUCUGCUAUGAGAUCCAAAUCGACAAAGAGGAUAGCUAGCUCAGGUAAUGGCAGUACUUCGAAUUUCUCAGGCUACUCACAAAACGGUUCCACCAGUGAGCUUCCGACGCCACAGCCUUUGGAGACAGCUGCCCCAAUGCCUUUGAGCAAGAAGAAGCCCGUAGACAGGAAAAUCUCUCUGAAGACCACGAUGAGUGAUAUAGAUAAAGCUUUGGAGGAAUUGAGAUCGAAUUCUAUGGAGCAGCUGGAUAAUGGCGGUCAAAACAUGACUCACGAGACUAUUUUCUCUUCUACUAGGGACUUGGAUAUAUCAUACUCUUCUGGAAAUCCGGAGGGAUCUAGUUCAGCCAAAUCCCUAUCGAAUGAACGAUCCGCAGGAGCAAAUUCGAUCAAUGGUAUUGAUACAAGCGAGCUGAACCCUGCUAUGGCAGAAUCAUGGACUCCUCCCCAGGUCACGGCUUACUUCAUAAUGUCUGGAUUUGACGUUCAAUCCUCGUCUCGUUUCCAGCAGCAUAAGGUAUCAGGUGCAAUCUUAUUGCAGCUAGAAUUAGCCCAUCUGAAGGAGCUUGAAAUUGAUUCAUUUGGGACGCGGUUCGAGAUUCACAAAGAGAUUGAAGAUUUACGAAAAGCCAGUAAACGUGCAGAUAAGGGCCGGAUUGACGGGAAGUCUGCUGAGGAAAAUCAGUUAAUGCCUCCAGCAUUUCUGAAUCAAGGACCGACAUAUCGUGGGCACGUCAGGAAAGUUUCGCGAUCUUUAGAAGAUUUCUCAUCAAAUUCUACACCGAUGAGUGCUGGGUCAAACGAACGACCCAAGAGUAAAGCAAAUCAGUUGCAAGCAUCUCAAAAUGAUACCCAGAAAGCCGCAUUAGCUCUGCCAUCCAUCUCUGAUAAAGAACUUGAUGAUGAGCGGCUAUUUGUAUCUCCUAGAAGAGCCCCGAAGCCGCCGUCCUAUCCUAGUCCGGUGCAACCUCCCAAGUCGCCAAUGAUUGGCAAUGAUUCUGGGAAUCGAUACUCUCCGCCAACAAUAUAUGAAAAGGCAAUGUCGAGUUCACUUGAACCUCCAGGCGCGUUCAAAUUUCCACCCAAUAGCCCUCAAGAUUUUAAAGCUAAAUCGGGCUUUUCGUUUGGGGGGAAGUCGUCGACAUCUUCAUCGACUCCAACAACCGACAGUUAUCCAAGUGGGUCGAAAGCUCAAGCAUCAGGUAAUAAUGCUGGAAACCGUAAUUCUGUUAUAUACUCGGGUCAUAAGAAAGCGCUAUCGGGUGGUUCCUUUGUUGAUCUGUACAACAGAGUUUCAAUGUUAUCUCCAACUGCGCCAAAUCUAACGGAAGAGGGCUCUAGUCAAGAUGAAGAUUUGAUACCCAAUGGUAGGCCGUCAUCUAGUGUCUACGCCGGCCAUUCAAGGAAUGCUUCCGUGGCACGUAGUAAGCUGCCUUCGCAGGACAUUAAGAAGCAUAGAAGGGCUUCGUCAUUGGUCUCUUUUUUCUCAGCUAAGAAUGAGGAACGACCAGUAUCGCCCGCUAAGAAUGCUUCCCAUUUAAGCUCUCACAGUCACAGUAAGAGAGAUUCUUUCAUUAUGAGUCCCUUCAGGCAACAGUUCACUGAGAGUGCCUCCCAUUCGGCGACGCCAGCGAAGGUCGGGAAAAGCCAUUCGAACAAGAAUACGCCGACUCCGCCAACUCUGAGAUCUCCAAUAAAACCAAACAGCGCAAAGAAAGACGAUUCAAAGAGGAGGUCUGUUAGCGCUAAAGAAUCAAGUUAUGACAGUACCAAAACUGAUGAUGACAAGAAUAAAAGGUCCGUGAGUGAGGCCCAGAAAGGAAAAGGUUUGCGUACGAUCAACACGAAAAACAUAUCUAGAAAGCAGCAAACAUCCGCUUUCAUGGAAGGGAUACGGAAUGUCAGUGUUAAGGAUGCUAUGAUGGAUGCAGACUGCUCCGGUUGGAUGAGCAAAAAAGGAAGUGGCACAAUGGGGGUUUGGCGAACUAGAUUUUUCACUCUCCAUGGGACCAGAUUAUCUUACUUUGCCAGUACAACUGAUACCAGGGAAAGAGGAUUGAUUGAUAUAACUGCGCAUUGUGUUGUUCCUGCCAAGGAGGAUGAUAAGCUAGUUUCGCUUUAUGCAGCUAGUACCGGUAAGGGUCGUUAUUGCUUCAAGCUCCUUCCACCUCAACCAGGUUCAAAGAAAGGCCUCACGUUCACGCAACCUCGUGUUCAUUACUUUGCUGUUGACAGUAAAGACGACAUGAGAGCUUGGAUGGCAGCUUUAAUUAAGACCACGAUUGACAUUGAUACGUCAGUGCCGGUUAUCAGUUCAUGUGCCACGCCAACUGUGUCAUUGAGUAGAGCUCAAGAAAUGCUUUCACAGGCCAGAGAGGCAACAAGGUUGAGAGAGCAGCAAAGGUACUUGAACGAAGAAGAUGAAGAUCAAAUGCUUUGGGAAAAGCAGCAAAAUAAGUUACAAUCGUCAGAUUAUGGGACUGGGAGUCAUGGCAAUACGCUACGCCAAUCUGAUGAUGAGGCUUUAGGUUCGGCUAUCAAUUUGUCGUCCAAUGGAAACACAACAGUGAAUUCUAAUGGCUUUGCUAGCCCUUAUUUGUUGGCGUCAGGCGUUUUGUCACCAAGCUUAGGGUCUAGCUCUGGCAAAUUUCAGGACACAACACCUGAUCUUACGGCUAAUUUGAAAGGGGAUUACUUUGGGCGACAUCAGCACAGUUCGGGUGAACAUUUCUAG